UACCUAAAAAAAAUUCGUUGUUUUCAUUCGAAUAUGUGGUGAAAAUAAGUGAACAGUGCGGCAAGUGUUCUAUGGCUUAAGAUAACCAUGCAACGUCUACAAACCUUUUGUGUUCACAAAUAACAAAAAGUCGAACACAACCACCUAAAUAUUCGCGUUAAGAGGUACUUUAAAUUCCAUUACACUCCAGAAUUUAAAGAAUGUUUGGUUAUAAAAUUGUUUUUGAAUCAUGAGAUUUUACUAGUUGGACCCACUGUGCCGGAUUUAUUUUUAAAGAAGCAUCAAGUGGUCAACGCCUCCGUUCACUUUCGAUUCCCCAUGCCCAAGACGAAUGUAUGAAAAGCGGCAAUUAUACAUAAACAUGUGUCCGAAUAAAAGGAAGGCGCUUUGUGUGUGCUGGCAUGCUGCUAUGUAUAAUUGAUAUAUUUUCAUUCUCAAUAAUAAAAGUGGAGGAUGUUGUUGGCCGUAUUAACUUAAAAAUAGCACGGAAUAGCGACGCUGACUCACUCGGAGCGGCAGACAUGGACAUGGACACUCCAAUCGUGAGACAAGCGUACAAUUUAUUAAGUCCCCCACCAACCACCACCCACCAGCACCACCCACCAACCAGCACCACCCACUUUUGGGGGUCUGGAGUACUUUUACAAGGCCCUCGAAGCUCUGCCGCCGCGCUGCUGCUGCUCAGCUGCUGCGCUGCCGGCGGGUGCCGCCAUUUGAUGACAGCGUUUGUGGACUGAGGCGCCAGUUUGAUGCGAGGCGUGCGUUGAUUAACUUGUUGCAUUCGCGUCCUGGAGAAAAGCGGAAAAGUGGAAAGCGCUAUCCCCACCCACAUCGUUAGUGCACGGCAAAAAAAAAGCCAUAGGAACUAGCUUACUAGGCAGAAAAAGGUUUAAAUCUGUGAUAAGAACAUUAGUUUAUGUCACCAUUGGAAAUCUAUAAUAUUGAUAACUAAAAUCAGCUCUUUAUAACUUCCUAUAACUUGCCAAAGAUAGCAUGUAAAAUGAAGACAGUAAAUAUUUCACGUCUCAAGGCCUUUGACCAUUUGGCACAUCAUUUGUGAUAAACACUAAGAGAUCUGUUUUAUAUGAAAACUAUUUCAAAGUGGACUUGUGGGAUUAAGAUAUAAAAUUUAUCGCUGAGUGCUCUUCUUUCUGCCAGUGUGUGUGAGCCAUAAUUAUCUGCGUAUUGCGGGGCGCCAAGUGAACUUGUGGCUGGGUCGGUCAGUGGUGGGUGCCAAGGUGGUGUGUGGCUGUGGUGGUGGCCAAAGAACGCCGAGGACGGGCGGCAGUCGAUGGUGAUGACACUGGAGGGACGGCCGCACAGUGUGGCAGCAACAACCACACACUGGCUAUCGCUAAUCGAUGGCCGGCCAUCAAGAGCGCUAAGCAAAUAAGCAACAGGAGCCGCUUGGGGUUGACUGCAGACGGAAAGCCGGGGCCCCAAGUCCGAGAAUCAGAAGACCCGAGACCCAAGACGUCGGCUGCUCAGUCGACGGUAGCGCCACGCCACGCGCAAAUAAAUAAACAGUUUUAGUUGCCGUCGGCGAUUCCUGAGGAGCGGAGUCCCUGCCGCACAGUUUGUUCCCGCUCGAGACAUGCUGGCCGCCCCGGAGAACCGCUUCCAGCAUGUGUACUUCGCGCUAUCCGCCCUGGUGGCCAGCGCCAUGCUCGUCCUGGUCUACAUCUCCAUGCGCUCGAGCCUUAACGAGCGGCUGCGCGAAGAUCUGGCCAAGGCGCAGCGACAGCUGAUCUUCGAGAGACCCAAUCCGCACUGGGACUAUAGCAACAGCUGGCGCCGGAUAGGGAACAGCACGCUCAGGCAUGAGAUUUACUCGGCGUACUUCGAUGCCCGGACGGAUAUCGUAGGUAAUGUCCGAAUGGACGACGAGCAGAUGACCAUUGGUUCGCUGCGCAUCUUCGCCAUUCUGCCGGAGCGUCUGCGCGACUCCUCGAUAAACUGCAUCGUGCGCUUCUCGGACUUCUCCAGCCAGGAGAUCAAGGCCGAGGAGGCGGGCGCCAUGCACGAUGUGCACAACAACACCUUUGCGGCGUGGAGCAUCAUGUGUCCGUUGCACGCCUCCCGCCGCUCCCCUUUGCGCCUUCCCCAGGCGGUGGCCUUGGCCUACGCGUCCAAUCGACUCAGUCAUCUUAGUCCUACCUUUAUUCAAAUCAGCUAUCCCCGCAACAUGACCAACAUGUUUGGACGAUCUCGUCCCACGAUCUCCGUGUGCGUGGGUCCCCUGCACGAGAACUACUCUAAUGUGCUGCGACUGGUGGAGUUCGUGGAGAUGUACCGCCUGCAGGGUGCCACCCACUUCUACUUCUACUACGUGGAGGCCAGCGAGGAGGUGCGUCGCGUGCUGGAGCACUACCAACGGAUUGGCCUGGCCGAUGCCUUCGAGUGGAAUGUGCAGGCGCAUAUGCAGGAUGUCCACUACGCCGGAAUCGUGGCGCAGUUCAACGACUGUGUGUACCGUGCCAAUGUGGUGGACAACUUUCGGUACGCGGCAGUGGUGGACCUUGACGAGGUGGUGAUGCCGCUGAAGCACAACACCUUGGCGGACUACCUGCGCCAAUGCGACGAGGGCCGCACCGCGGGCUUCGUCUUCCGCAACGUAUUCUUCCACCGGCGAGACAGUAACGACACCUUCAACGCACCCAGCCACGUCCUCAACAGGCUGCUCUACACCCAGUCGAAGGUGCGGCGAACGCUGGAGGUGCUGCCCGCCUACAUACGGAGCAAGGUGGUGGUGAAUGCCAGGGCCAUUGUGGAGAUGGGCAACCACCAGGUGUACCGCGCCGCACCCGGAUACGCCGAUCAUGUGGUGCAUCCCACGGUGGGACUACUGUUCCACUACCGCGACAAGUGCAUCAACUGCAAGAUGGUGCUGAUCGUCGACUAUACGGCCCGGAGAUUUGGCUCACUGCUCUUCGAUCGAGUGGACAACACGUGCCUGGAGGUUUUUCUAAAUCGCGGCGUCUGCGAUCUGGUGUAGCUCGAUCUUCGAGAGACGCCCCCUAAAAAAUACCACAGAUCUCUCGGGCCAGUUGUGUUCGUGGCCUCAGACCGUCGACAUGCUGAAGUUCUGCUCGCUGCGGAGGAGCAAGGAGCCAGCGGUUGUGGCUCCCAAAGUGGCCAAGAGUGUACGACAAAUUAGAAUAAGUCCUAGCCGUUCCCAUAUAAGUGUUAUACCGUAAUAAAAUGUGCUUUAAGUGAUUUGUGAUGUAA